GUGGGAGGACUUCCCUAUGACGGAUGAAUCCGGGAAUAGGACAAUUGCGGGUCUGUUGCCGAUCAUCAGAAAAGUGAUGAUCCAUAUGACGUGGCUAGUCACCGGGCCUCACACCAUCUACAUGUACAUCCGCGGGGCAGAUCCUGACACGCUUGGGCUCACCAUGUGGACGCCGUUCGACAUCAGACCAAGCCCACUGCACGAAAUAGUCAUCGCCAUACAGGCCUACUCUACCACGUACACCUUGUCCAACUUCCUGGGAUAUAUGGGUCUGUACUCAACUCUGGCAACUAUUGCGUGCAUUCAGAUGGAAAAGUUACAUCAGCGUCUGAGAAACUACAGAAGAGAGGAGGUGACGAAGCCAGGCACUGAAGAGGACUAUCUUCGAGAACAAAUUCAAUAUCACCAAGAUAUUCUGAGCUUUAUUCGGGCUAUAGACGACACGUUCAGCAUGAUGAUGUUGGGUCAUUUCCUCAUGAUCAUCGGGGCCUUGUGCUUCGCUUCCAUCUCCUUUGUCACGAUCUGGCACAAAGUUGGUGAUCUGCUUCAGACGAUUUUCAUAUUAUCCUCCUUUGUCAUCAUGCUGGGGAUAUUUUGCUGGUUCGGAGACCAGCUCAAUGAAAGGGCUAUUAACGUUAAGCAAGCCAUCUGGGACAGCGGAUGGAUUGGGGCGCCCAUCCGGCAACAACGCAACAUCGUCUUCAUGAUGGUUGCAGCGAACGAAGACUUCGCUCUCUCUGCGGGGGGCUUCGCCCCUGUGUCGCUCCGCACAAUGAUUGUAGUCCUUAAUCAGGCGGUGUCGUAUACAAUGUUCAUGAUGAACGUCAAGGAUGCAGACCGAGAUGAAUCUGCACAGUUGGCUCCGAAUUAAUUAGCAGAAAUCCAGCCGGAUGAAUCCUGUUGUAGCCGAGCAUUGAAAAUGACAGCAAGAAAUGCACUUCACCCGUAGAAUAAUUCUCUGUCCUUACUUGUAACAAUCCGAUGCAAUUCACGUAUUUUCUAUCACAGCGCAAAUUUCUUUAUCUGAGUUUCCAUAAAUCUUAAUUAAUCUGUCAUACUGAACAGUACAUAUGAGAAGAGAAUUAGGACUCUCAGCACCCUUAAUUCGACAAAGUCUCCCUAGCCACGAUUCUCCAAGUCCCGCAGUUUCCUUACGAAACUUCCUCAUCUCCCACGUAACUCGGCCUUAACCCUUGAAAUGACCAGGACUGCCACAGUAUUGAGGCUUAGACAUAAAUGUGGGUUGUGCAAAAAGCCCACAGUAAAUUCCGAAAAUAACGUUCAAACAUCAAGACCGCCUCUGUGGUCUAGUGGUCACAGUUCCUGGCUACAGAACCAGAAUUUCCGGGUUCGAUUCCCG